UCCCCCCGCCCCCUACCGCCCCGUUGGAGUUUCUCCAGAAGCGCUGGCAAUCUCUCUCUGCUGUGGUUGUGCGACAACUCGAUCAGGUUCCACACGAAAAUUGCCCAAAAACAUUAACAUCGGGGAAACUAAAUUACAGUGUUUUUGUCCGCUUUCUUGAGUGAUUCAGAGCACAAGGGGAAUUUUAUUUUUUGCACAAUGUCAACCGUUGAUGAAGUUUUUGAAACAUGGGAGGAAAUGGAGGCCUCUGGAGCACUUGACAGAAAACUCAACGCUCUUCAGCUUGACCCUUUGGACCCCCUCGAAGACAGACAAACACCAACUUUGGUGAGCAAUAGAAAUACCAACGGUCAGAUGAUAAUACUGGGUGAAGAUGGAAUGCGUUCGCAGUACGUUCCCCCGAAACCCGCAGUUAAAAUCCUCAAAAGGCCUCAGAGAGAUGCAAGAGGCAAUGGGGAAGGUGCCUUAACUAACGGGGAUAAACCAAAGCAACCAAUUAAAUCAUUAAAACAGAGGGAACAAGAAUACGCAGAAGCUCGCAAAAGAAUAUUAGGGGAAGAAAGAAGUCCGGAGGAAAAGCCCUCAAAUGAAAUAAAUAAAAUUCAGUCGAAACUUUUGCCUGAAAAUCCUCCAAUGUCCCUCCAUAAUUCAACAAAUAUAACUCGGAUGCCUCUUGGCCCAGAUGGGACUCGCGGCUUCAACGUACGAAGGUAGCAAGGCUGACGAAUCAUCUCACUAUUAAAGACUAAUUUAAAAAACAACAAUUCUUCAUCUUCUCCAUAACUAAGUGGAGAAUAUCGGCUAUGAGGCCGUCAGCAGUGAGCAGCUGAAAACAAUUACGUCCCUGCGUCAAUGUCUCUAAGGACAAACCAUCUUUAAAGUCACAGAUGACGUACUGAAUGGGAUUGAAAACGUGCGGAAUCUCCUUAAUAACAGAGGAAACUGAGUUUUCUGAAUUUUGGAGCUUAAAAUUCGCAAAGUGACAUCUUGUACCUCGAUCAAACUGUUCAUUGCCAAUUGAUUUAUUUAUUUUUCAAAAAUUAACGUCACUCAGCCCCUGGAUAAUAGUAAGUUGUGAUAUUUUGAUCAGUGAAUUUGAAAAAUAAAGUGCAAAAAUAUUUAAUUACCCUUUUUGGGUCCUCAUGACAAUGAAAAAUGUUUACAUUUUCAUUCUUUGAAAUUUGUUUUCAUAUUAAGAUAAUUAAGAAUCAUUAUAGAGAUUAAACUAACGUCAUUUGUAUAUAAUUUCUUUGACGAUGUAAUAAAGUAUUGGUUUUCGUUAAA